AUGAGUCGCCAGUUCUCCUCAUUGCCGCCGGAAUACAGCUCCUCGCCAUCGCCCCACCCCUGGAGGUCGGAGGACAGUGUGGGCGGGCUGGCGACGCCUACAGACCUAAUGCAGAAGGACACGCCAGGAGAUCUUAUCAUUGGUGCUAUUGUAUCUCAGACACUUUUUGGCUCAGAUCCUAAAGACUUCAAGUGCCAAUCACAUGGGAUGCUAUCUGAAGAGUUUGUGUUCAUGCCUCAGAACUACCAGCAUAUCCUCGCCCUAGCAUUUGCUGUCAAAGAGAUCAAUGAAAAUCCACACAUCUUGCUAAAUCUCACCCUGGGGUUCCAUAUCUAUGACAGCAAUUUGAAUCCAAGAGUGACAUAUCGUGCAGCCCUGCAACAUAUUUCCCCAAGGAACAGAUUUGUCCCCAACUACAGGUGUCAUAUCCAGGACAAUGUACAAGCAGUUCUUGAGGAUAUUAAUUCACAUGAUUCAAAACUUGUUCAAUAUCUUUUUAGCAUUUACAAGAUUCCACAGCUUUUGAUUGGUUGUGCUCCUCUGAUGAUGGAUAACACACAGCUCCCAUUCCUGUAUAACAUGGACCUGAAUAAAACCCAGAAGUACCUGGGAAUUCUUCAAUUGCUUCUGCAUUUCAACUGGACAUGGAUUGGAUUCUUUACUCUGAUUGGUGUGAAUUUAGAAUGGUUCAUGCAGACCAUGUUCCCCAUCUUUUCCCAGCUUGGCAUCUGUUUUGCCUUCAUGUAUUCACAGUCCAGUAUGGAAGGCAAUGAUUAUAAGAAAGGCUAUCUGAAAAGCUUUUCAAAACUGUAUGAAAAAAUGAUGGGGAGCAGCGCCAAUGUAAUUAUCUUUGACGGACAAGUUCGUGGCUUUAUAGUUGCCAGAUGUUUGAUAGAAUUAACACACAUUAAAUACAUGAUGCCAAAACCGAAAGGCAAAGUAUGGAUUGUAACAGCACACAUGGAAUUAAAAACAUAUAACAAUAUGCUAAGCUUGGAUGUUCAAAUCUUCCAUGGAAUGAUAUCAGUUGCCCUUCACUCGAAUGAACUUCAGGGAUUCCAAGACUUUUUUAAGAGCAGAAAGCCAUCCAGUGCGGAGGGAGAUGCAUUUCUCAAGGACUUCUGGUCAUACACAUUUCAUUGUGGAUUUCCAAAUUUGGUUCUGGGCAAUGUGCAUCAGGCUAAUUGCACAGGAGAUGAGACCCUGAAGGACCUUCCUGCAUUAGAAAUGAGCAUGACUGGCCACAGCUACAGCAUCUACAAUGCGAUCUAUGCAGUCGCUUAUGCUUUGCAGGCUAUGCAUUCUUCAAAAGUUCAAGCAAGGAUGCAAGGAGAGAGAAGGAAGUUGCUAAAUCACCAACCCUGGCAGCUCCAUCACUUUUUGAGAAACAUCUCAUUUAACAACAGCGCUGGAGAUAAGAUUGUCUUUGAUCACAAUGGAGAAUUGACAGCAGGACUUGACAUUAUCAACUGGGUAACAUUUCCAAACCGAUCUUUUGUUAGAGUGAAAGUGGGAAAGAUCCACGCCCAGGCUCCUUUACAGCAAGCACUUCAGCUAGAUGAAGAAUCCAUGGUAUGGCACCCCCGAUUUCACCAGGUACAACCUGUUUCUUUAUGCAGUGAGAAUUGCAGUCCUGGAUAUAGAAUAACAAAGAGGGAAGGGGAGCCCUUCUGCUGUUAUAACUGCAGCCAAUGUCCAGAAGGGACAAUCUCUGAUCAUCAAGAUAUGCCUGACUGUUUCCAAUGCUCACUUGGACAUUUUCCACACAAGAACCAGAGCUAUUGCAUUCCCAAGAUGAUCACCUUCUUGUCUUAUGAAGAACCUUUGGGAGCUGUUUGUCUUUUUGUUGCUCUGACUCUGUCUUUCACCACAGUCUUAGUACUUGGAAUAUUUAUAAAGCACCACAGCACACCCAUUGUGAAAGCCAACAACAGUAAGCUGACAUACACUCUUCUCAGUGCACUUCUGCUCUGCUUCCUCUGUGCCCUGCUAUUCAUUCGCAAACCUGGAAAGAUAAUGUGUCUCCUUCGCCAAACUGCCUUUGGCAUCAUUUUCUCCAUUGCAGUUUCUUCCGUGUUAGCAAAAACGAUCACAGUGAUUGUGGCUUUUAUGGCCACGAAACCUGGAAGCCAGAUGAGGAAAUGGGUGGGGAAAAGGCUGUCUGUUUCCAUUGUUCUUUCCUGCUCUUUGAUUCAAGUUGGUAUUUGUAUCAUUUGGCUAGUAAAUUCUCCUCCUUUCCCAGAUGUUGACAUGAAUUCAAUGGCAGAAGAAGUUGUAUUAGAAUGUAAUGAUGCUUCUCCUACUAUGUUUUACUGUGUCUUGGGCUAUAUGGGCCUCCUGGCUAGUGUGAGCUUCCUGGUGGCUUUCAUUGCUAGGAAGCUACCCGACAGUUUCAAUGAAGCCAAGUUCAUCACUUUCAGCAUGCUGAUCUUUUGCACCGUUUGGUUAUCCUUUGUUCCAGCCUACCUGAGUAUCAAAGGGAAAUACAUGGUGGCUGUUGAGAUCUUCUCUAUCUUAGCCUCCAGUGCUGGCUUACUGGGCUUUAUCUUUUCCCCCAAAUGCUACAUUAUUGUGCUUAGACCUGAACUGAAUCACAGAGAGCAGCUAAUAAGGAGAAAUCAAUGAACUUGUUGGAUUCACCUGAGUUAUAUUGUAGUUUCAUAGCAGUGGAAUAAUUGCUUAGAAGUGUAAACAUUGACUCUUCCUACCACCACUAUUGUUAAAUAACU